AUUGCAUGUCGAAACUCCACAAUAUUCAUCCUUCCCAUUCACGAAGAGGCAACCCUAAAGCAGGAGUAGGACCCUUUCAUAUCUCCCAAUGAACACAUGACACAUUAUCACCAGAAACAACCAGGUGCCUGUCCAGGAAACAACCCGACCCCACUAACCUUAUUACACUUGGCAAAUCAUAUCCGUUCACGUCACCUAACGGGCCACCGAAUAAACCCUCAGGUGCCGUCGGAUAUGCUGCCACGUGUGAAAGCCCAGUCGGAUACUUAAUACUAUCCGGGUAUAUCCUCUUCCACGGGUUUCAGCUUAAACUUCUCGGAUAUCUAAAACCACAAUUACUUCCAGCGAAUAUUCCAAAUUAAAUUCCCCUAAAAAAAUAAAUAUUAUUAUUUUUCGACUCCAUUAAAGCUGCUUCUAAGAUAUUCCUUUGUUCUUCCAUAUCUUUAAAUACAAUCAUAACCAGAAAGCAUAUAUAUAUAUAUAUGUCCACAGCUUCUUGAAGAAGCAAGCAUCAUAUAGAGUUUAGUUACACAUACCAGUGAAUUAAUGGCGGGUUUCAGGAGAGCCAAGCGAGUCACAGAUCCGCUGGACGACAACGCAAGAGCUCGGAUCUUCGGCGGCCAAGGCCAACUCAGUUCGGUGAGCAGCGGAAGUGAACACUCCGGGGACGACGAUACUCCAUGCCUGUCUGAACUCGUUCACGGUUUUCUUGAAGAAGAUGCAGAUUCUGAAAAACCGGGCUACGAUUCGAGCUCGGACCGAGUUGACUCUGUAACCGACUGUGUGGAAUCGGUGCUGGACAUUCUAAAAUCGACUACUAACAGCGAUGUGGAUUCUUACAAGAAUUUGCUUUCCAAUCAUGUCAUGAAAGCGAUGGAAGUGUUUUCGUGUUUGCGAUCAGAGAAACCGAUGCUAAGGCGUAACGUGAUGAGUUUUCUUCGAGAACUCGGCCACAAUGCCGCGAUCUGCAAGUCUAAAUGGGACUCUUCAGGCGGAAUUACUGCAGGGAGCUACGAGUAUCUCGACGUGGUAGUCCAAUCUAAGACUAGCUCGAAGAAGCAAAAUCGGUACACCAUAGACCUCGAUUUUGCUUCCGAGUUUGAGAUCGCGAGGCCUACGAGUCAGUACUCGAGGCUGAUGCAGUCACUGCCAGUGGUGUUUGUAGGGAGGAGCGAGGAUUUGAAGAGGAUCGUGAGGGCUAUGUGUGAUGCGACGAGGAGAUCACUGAAGAGCAGAGAUCUGUCUGUGCCUCCAUGGAGAAAGAAUCGCUACAUGCAGAACAAGUGGUUCAGCCCUUACCGGAGGACAACUAACCUUGUACCGGCGAAUACAUUCACGCCGGCCAACGUCGUCAAAUGUCGAUUUGUAGGGUUUGACGACGCCGUUAGCGGCCGUUUGUUUGUUCGUACCAGAUGAUGAGAAUGACCUGACGUGGAUUUAUGACGAAAAAUUACAAUAUCCUUUGAAAGAAUAGUAGUUAUUAUUAUCCUGAAUAGUUUGUGUUUUAUUGUUCAAAAAUGAUAAAAAAAAUCCCGGUUGUUAGUAUCCAAUCAGAGGUCUUGCUACUCGUGCAAUUAAUUCCAGUUAUUAACGUGUAUAAGCUAUUCGUCA